AUGUAUUUCGGCGGGACCGUCCGUGAGUGCGUUUAUACGCCAUGGAAAGAUAAGUACAUCGACUACGCGAAGUUCAAGAGCGCGCUGCGCGAGGACCGCUCCGAGGAUGAUGAGAACCGCUUCUGCGACGAGAUCUUCACGCAGAUCGAAAAGCUGACCGAGAUUCCAGGAGCAACGCGGCAAUGGCCUUUAAGUAGCGCAUCGAUUCCACCUUUGACAAGCUCAAGGAGCUUGCACACGCCGAGCCCUCUGACGAUAAAUGCUACUCCCAAGAAGGCAAAAUCCCGCAAGUUGAAAAAGUACGGUAAUAUCAAAUACAUCGGCUCCCUCAAGAUUGUUAAGAAGCAUGAUCACAAGCGCCGCAACCGAUACGAGUUCCGGCCUAUAAUGCAACUGAGCCUAGCUGAACAUUUUCUAUUACAUCCUGCUGAUCCGCCUGACAUUGUUCGCCAAAAGUUUUUCACUCCCGAUUCUCGGGGUUCAGUCUCCCUGGCAGUAACAACCAUGCAGUGCCACCUGAUCCUUGCCUUCACUCUAUUCGCGCUCUGCCCGUUGGGCAAGCAAAUCAAAGCCAACCUGCAAUGGUCCAUAUGCGAUGCAGACCCCCAGACUGUACUCCAGAAGCUCGGCGAAGACGGUACCCGCGAGCCGUAUAAAACGACUCCUAUCACUUACUACGACAUCGAUCCUCCAUCCUACUCCUGGGGCGGGCUCAUGUUCCGCACAAAAACUAGACGUGGCGAGGAGCUUUCAGCCGUUAAAGUUCAUUUCAACUCAAAAAUGUCGGAUGACUUGGAGGCUCCAAUAGUCGAAGCAAAUUUCAAUAGAGCGGCAUUGGACACAUCAGAGAGAUUCCUUUGCGUCUGGGAUCGGUAUGGCAAUGAUACGGACUUUACUUGUCAGAUACAGUCGCUCCUAGGUGGGAGAAAGGAGCUCUGGACUGACGAGCAAAUUCGGUUCGCUGAACGUUGCCAAAGUGUCACUUGGGGGGAUCUUGUCGGUUUUGGACCUAACCCGAAUCCUAAGUGGCGUCUGAACAUCUCCUCCCACAGGGCCGUAUUUGACGAUGUACAGGUGGGUCCCUUUCACCUGAUGGAGCUUGAAGUGAAGGUUCUUAAGGACAAAGGCGACGAGGUCUACGAAAAGAUCAGCAGAUACCUGAGAGAACAUGACAUCUUUAUGUGUCAUAAGCAGGAACCGAGAACCAUAAGGCUGUUUCAAGCUAUGGGUUAUGAUGGGAGUUAUCACAACCUGGUCAAACAGUCUGGAUAG